AUGCACCUGCAGCAGGAGGUGGAGCCUGAGACUCUGAAGCUUGUGGGCCAGCCAGUUUUGACUUCUCGAGCAACAUCCUACGCCCAGCUUCUUGCUGCAACAUGUCUUUCAAAACUUGUUACCCGGAUCAGUCCUUUACCUGUUGAACAAAGGAUAGAUAUCAGAAACUACAUCCUGAAUUAUGUGGCAACACAGCCUAAGCUGGCUCCCUUUGUGCUCCAAGCUCUUAUUCAAGUCAUUGCUAAACUCACUAAGUUGGGGUGGUUUGAAGUUCAAAAAGAUGAGUUUCUCUUCAGAGACAUUAUUACUAAUGUGCAGAAAUUCCUUCAGGGCACAGUGGAACACUGCAUAACAGGAGUAAUGAUCCUUUCUGAAUUGACUCAGGAAAUGAACCUGGUUGAUUAUUCCAGACCCUCAGCAAAACACAGAAAAAUAGCUACCUCAUUUCGUGACACUUCUCUCAAAGACAUAUUAGUGUUAGCAUGCUCUCUUCUCAAAGAGAUAUUGGGCAAACCUUUAAAUCUUCAAGAUCAAAGUCAACAAAACCUGGUGAUGCAGGUCUUAAAACUGGUUCUCAACUGCCUGACCUUUGACUUCAUUGGAAGUUCAGCAGAUGAGUCUGUGGACGAUCUUUGCACAGUGCAGAUACCAGCACCCUGGAGAACACUUUUUCUGGAACCAGAAACAUUGGAUCUUUUCUUCAAUUUGUAUCAUUCACUUCCACCACUUCUGUCUCAGUUAGUACUGUCAUGUUUAGUUCAGUUUGCGUCUACAAGAAGAUCCUUAUUUAGCAGUUCUGAACGUGCCAAGUAUCUCAGUAAUUUAAUUAAAGGAGUGAAAAGGAUACUUGAAAACCCUCAGGGUUUGUCUGAUCCAGGUAAUUAUCAUGAAUUUUGUCGAUUUUUGGCUCGUUUAAAGACAAAUUAUCAGCUGGGAGAAUUAGUUAUGGUAGAAGAGUAUCCUGAAGUAAUCAGAUUGAUUGCUGAUUUUACUAUUACUAGCCUACAGCAUUGGGAGUUUGCUCCCAACAGUGUUCACUAUUUAUUAACUCUGUGGCAAAGGAUGGUAGCAUCAGUUCCUUUUGUGAAGUCAACUCAACCCCACUUGCUAGAUACUUAUGCACCUGAAAUCACCAAGGCCUUUAUCACUUCCCGAUUGGAAUCUGUUGCCAUAGUUGUGAGAGAUCAUUUAGAUGACCCCCUGGAUGAUACUGCUACAGUGUUUCAGCAGUUAGAACAGUUGUGCACUGUCAGCAGAUGUGAAUAUGAAAAGACAUGUACUCUUCUUAUACAACUAUUUGACCAAAAUGCACAGAAUUACCAAGAGCUUCGGCAUUCAGCUUCUGGAAUAACUGUUGACAUGGCAAUUCAAGAAGGGCGCCUUGCGUGGCUGAUAUACUUAGUUGGGACAGUUUUAGGAGGGAGAUUGACAUAUACCAGUACUGAUGAACAUGAUGCCAUGGAUGGAGAAUUAUCCUGUCGAGUUUUUCAGCUUAUAUCGUUAAUGGAUACUGGAUUGCCUCGGCAUUCUAAUGAGAAGAUAGAGCUUGCACUUCUGUGGUUCUUGGAUCAGUUUCGUAAAACAUAUGUUGGUGAUCAACUUCAAAGAAACUCGAAGUCCUAUCUAUCACAACCAAAGGACCUUCAUCUUCUCUCUCCUCUUGCCACUCCAACAUGCAGCGGAAGUCACAUGAAGACAUAAACAUUUGUUUUUGUCCAAGUAGAUGGAAUCUGCCAGAUACCAGCU